UACACUUUACUUCAUUCCGUCUUUUGACUCUUUUCUCUCUCAUUCACAAGUCACACCACCGCUUUAUCGAAAAAGGCGUUCGUCACCUUUUGCGUUUUUCUACUUUCAUCCGGGAAUGGCGGAUUGGGCUCCGGUCCUCGUCGGAGUUGUACUGUUCGUAUUGCUUUCUCCAGGUCUCCUCUUCUCUUUGCCUGGUCAUCACCGGACGUUAGAUUUCGGCGGAAUGAAAACCAACGGAAAAGCAAUCGCCGUCCACACACUCAUCUUCUUCGCUGCUUACACGAUCUUGAUCCUCGCUGUCAAUCUCCACAUCACCACCGGUUGAUUUAAGGUUUUCCGGGGAAAUAAAGGUAACCCCUAAUUGGAUCUGGGGGGGUUUCAAGCAUCUUCUUAGAUUUGGAUCUCUGUUUUUUAGAGCUUUUACUUUUUACUUUCAGACAUAAACUUGUUGUGUUGUACUGAAAAUGUAUUAUGUCAUUAGUCGUUAAGCUUGUAACAUUGAACCUUUUUUUUUUAAGAACAUUGAACCUUUUUUGGAUCCUAU